AUGUUGGUCUCAAUUGUCCUUCUAAUCUUAUGGAUUUCUACUGUGGGGGGACAAGUGAGACAUUGUGAUCUUCCAAAAAUAAACCAUGGAAUUUUAUAUAACGAAAAGAAAUACAAGCCAUUUUUCCCACUUGCUAUUGGGACAUUUUUCUAUUAUUCCUGUGAAUAUAAUUUUAUGUCACCUUCAAAAUCCUUUUGGACUCGCAUAGCAUGCACAGAGGGUGGAUGGUCACCAGCACCAAAGUGUCUCAGACUGUGUUUCUUUCCUUUCGUGGAAAACGGUCGUUCUACAUCUUCAGGACAAACACACCUGGAAGGCGACACUGUUAAAAUUGCCUGUGAUAAAGGCUACAGCCUCCCAAAUAAUCAGAGCAUCAUUGCAUGUACAGAAGGUGGAUGGUCCUCCCCUCCUGAAUGCCUAUCCACCAAAAAAUGUUUAAAAACAGAUAUUGUAGUUGGCAAUGGGUUUUUGUCUGAAUCAGAAUAUGCUUAUCCCAUAAAUAGAGAAACACAAUAUAAAUGCAAACCAGGAUAUGCAACAGCAGAUGGAAAAACGUCAGGGACGGUUCAGUGUUUGCAAGGUGGAUGGUCUGUUCAACCAAUUUGUAUUAAGUCCUGUGAUAGGCCGGUAUUAGUGAAUGCCAGAAACAAAGGUAAGAACACGUGGUUUAAGCUCAAUGACAGGCUGGAUUAUGAAUGCCACGAUGGCUAUGAGAACGAGGAUGGACGCACCACAGGCUCCAUAGUGUGUGGUGAAGACGGCUGGUCCCAUUUGCCCAUAUGCCAUGAAAUAGAAUGUCAUCUUCCACUUUUGGAAGCAAAUGUAGAUGCUCAUCCAAAACAAGAAAAAUACAAAGUUGGAGACGUGUUGAAAUUCUCCUGCAGACAAAGACUUAGAAGAGUUGGGCCGGAUUCAGUUCAAUGUUACCAAUUUGGGUGGUCACCUAAUUUUCCAACAUGCAAAGGGCAAGUACAGUCAUGUGGUCAACCUCCUCAGCUCCCCAGUGGGAAAAUCAAGGACAUCAAACAAGAAAAGUAUGAACACGGUAAAAUGGUGGAAUAUGAUUGCAAUCCUAAUUUUCUAAUGAAGGGACCUAAGAAAAUCCAAUGUAUGGAUGGAGAAUGGACAACUUUGCCCACCUGUGUCGAACCAGGGAAAACAUGUGAAUUUAUACCUGAACUUGAGAAUGGCUUUGGCCAGCCCUCUGUCCCUCCCUAUCGACAUGGAGUUUCAGUGGUGUUGAAUUGCAGAAGUACAUAUACAGUGAUUGGAAAUAAUACAAUUACGUGUAUUGAUGGAAUGUGGACUGAGCUUCCUAAGUGUGUUGCAACAAACCAACUUAAGAGGUGUAUAAAACCAAGGCUUCAUGCAAGAGGACUGUUAAGUUCAUAUUUGCAUGAAUUUAAUCAUAAUGCCAGAAUAAAUUACAAAUGUACUGGGAAGGAUACAUACAUACAAACAGUCUGCAUCAACGGGAAAUGGGCCCCUGAACCAGACUGCAAACAACUCUGCCCACCUCCACCUCAGAUACCUAAUGCUCAUAAUAUGCUAACCACAGUGAAUUAUCAGGAAGGAGAGAAGGUAGCUGUUCUCUGUAAAGAAAACUAUGUACUUCAUGAAGCAAAAGAACUUGUGUGUAAAAGUGGACUAUGGCAGUCAUUACCACACUGUACUGAGGAAGAUCUGGACAAGGAGGAGGAGCCAGACAGGGUUGUAGGAGAAAAACUAGCGACAGCUGCUAAAAUGAUUCCAGGACCCUAUUGCAAUGUGGGGCUGUUACCCCACAUUCUACAAGCGUCUGACACCUGCUCGUCCCCUACAAUUCGACUCAGUUCUGACACUGUCUACCCAGAGACAGCAUCAGAUCUCACAGAGUCCACACGAUACUGUGGGCCCCCUCCACCUAUUAACAAUGGAGACAUCACCCCCUUCUCCUUAUCGGUAUACCCUCCAGGAUCGACAGCUGAGUACCGUUGCCAGUCUUUCUACGAGCUUCGGGGCUCCCCGAAUGUGACGUGCAGAAAUGGACGGUGGUCAGAGCCACCCAUAUGCAUAGAUGCAUGUGUCAUAUCUGAAGAUAACAUGAACAAAAAUAACAUACAGUUAAAAUGGAGAAAAACCCAAAAAAUAUAUGCAAGGACAGGCGAUAUCAUUGAAUUUGAAUGCAAACAGCCACAUAAAGCGAGAACAUCUAUACAAUCAUUUCGAGCCGUCUGUCAGGAAGGGAAAUUUCAAUAUCCUACGUGUGAAUGA